AGUCAAGCAUUCUUGAAAGCAAUGGCUUCUCUUAUAAGUUUUAUUUUUUUAUUUAUUUUUCUAAAUAGUUGGGUCUGUGAGGGAUUAGAAACAGAAAAUAAUUUAAAAUAUCAGAAGAUACAAAAGGAUGACUACGACGACGAUGAUGACUCCUACAGUCAUUCCGGGUCCUAUGAUUCUACAAGCGAUGAUGAUUCCGGUAUAAGACAUGAGUAUGAUGAUGAGUACGAUGAUGAGUAUGAGGAUGAAUAUGAAGAUGAUUCCGGCAAAGAAGAGAGUGAAGAGGAAAGUCAUGAACAUUACGGUGGUGGUGGAGGAUCUUAUGGUGGAAGUGGAGGAUCAUAUGGUGGUGGAGGAAAUGGAGGUUCAUACGGAGGUGGAGGAAAUGGAGGAUCCGGAGGGUCAUAUGGUGGUGGAGGCUACGGUAAACCGGAACCAGAACCAGAAGACAACUACGGAGGGGGACCAGAUAAAUAUUCCGGAGAAAAGCCAGAGGAGUACCCAAUCAUUGAACCUGAUAUGGGUCCACCAGCAGGAUUGGAACAGUAUGGAGGUGGUGAGGAAACAUUCCCAGAAGGACUACCAGAAGGAUAUGAAGAAAUUCCAGAUGGUGAACCGGAUGCUCCACCAGAGGACUUUCACUUUUAGAUGAAGAUUUUCAUUUUUUUUUGUAGCAUUUUUAGAACUAAAAAUUAUUUAUGAAAUGUAGAAUAGAGCAUGUAGAGCGAGCGAAAAAUAAAGUUUUCGCAGUUUCUUACU